AUGAUCGAUUCUGAACCCCUCCUAUCCAACGAAAAAGUAGAAUCUGAUGAGGACUAUCGUCUAGGUGGAAGAUCUCCUAUUGCUACACUAUUCUCGCUCCUGUCUGGUCCAUUGCUUUUUCAAUUCAUCAAUUGUUUUUAUGAAGUAAUCAACACAAAAUGGGUUUCAAAAGGUAUCGGUGAAGAAGGAUUGGAAACACUCUCAUCUUUGUUUAUUUUUGAUAUUAUUAUUUUUUCAUUCGAUAACUUGCUCAAUGUUUCGACAAGCUCGCAUAUGUCAUAUCUAAUUGGGCGUGGAACAUCACAAGAUGGUAAUCAAUUGAUUGCAGAUAUGUUUCGUGUUGCAAUGAUUUUAGCCAUUAUCUAUCCAGCGAUUUGCCUAUCAUCAAUAUUUUAUAUAGUUAGAUUGAUGUCUGAAUCUUCAAAAAUUGCUCAUAAUGCUUUCAAGUAUGAAUGCAUUUCAGCUGGAUGUUCCAUAAUUACGUUCACGUUUUCCGUUUUGUGUGGGUUAUUGGAAGGAGAGGGCCGAACAUGGUUAUUUGGCUUAAUGCAAUUGAUUGCUAUUGUUCUUGAUAUGUGUUGUUUCUUACCUUUAUUCUUAAUGAAGCUUCACUUCGGAAUUUGGGCUGUUGCUUUAUCACAAGUUAUAUCCCAGUCAAUACCUAUGAUAAUAUUAAUGGUGCUGCUUUGGAGUGGAAAACUUUCAAUCAAAAUUAAAUUUUCGAUGUUAUUCAAUAAGUUCAGUAAUGAGACAAAGAAUGCUCUGAAGGUUGGCUUUGCUUCAUUUGUGUUGAACCUUUCUGAAGUAUUCCCUGAAUUUGCUAUGCAAAAAUUUAUUAUUCUUGUUGCUGACCAUGUUAAUCUUCGUGAUCCAGUUUUAGCGUCAUGGUAUAUAUUUGGAUGUUUGUACUCUAUUUCUUUAUGUGUAAUGAUCGCUUUCGAUAGUGCUUAUAUGCCAUCAGCUUCUUAUGCAUAUGGAAAACGGCAAUACAAGAGAAUUGUAAAGCUCACACUUCAUUCUCUAUGGAUUACACUUGUUUAUGCAUCUAUUAUCAGCUCAAUUAUCAUUAUUUUCCCGACAACAAUUCCAUCAUUUUUCACAAAAGAUGAACAAAUCCUUGGGGCAUUCAAGAACUAUUUAUGGGUAGCCUUUUUAUCGAUACCGCUAUAUCCAAUCCCACCAUUAGUCAUCUCCUUCUUCCAAGCAAUCAAACGACCAACUCCUGCAACAAUUAUAUCCUUAUUGACAACAUUGAUACCGAUGCCCGUAUUUUCGGCUAUAUUUUACUAUACGCAUCCAUCAUCAUUGCGGUGGAUAUACAGUACUUAUAUUGCCGCUGAUAUUUUAUCUGGAUUGAUCGCAAUUAUUGGUAUUUUACCUAUCUUCAUCAAAUUAUCGAAGUUGAAUGAUGGAGAUAAGUUCGAUGAUGAAGAAAAAGCAGAUGAAAAUCAGCAGCAGAGUGUAAAAAGCAUUGAAAGUAUAACAAAUUAA